AAGUACACGCUUCUGGCCAAACACCAAAAUAUCAAAAAAUUAGUAAAGUAAAAUGGAGCAGCAACAAACCCUUGCGCCACCGCAACCGUCACUCUCCGCCACCGUAACCACCACCGUCACCACCGCUCCACCACCAGCACCGUCCGCCACCUAUGCCGAUUCGCUCGAUUCAUCUCCGCGCUCUCGGAACACCGAUUCCUGGGGAGAAGACACCUCUCUAUAUCAAACCAACAACGGCGCCACGGCGGCGCCGCCAGCCGGCUCAACUAAGCUCCGACUGAUGUGCAGCUACGGCGGCCACAUCGUCCCUCGUCCACACGACAAAUCUCUUUGCUACGUCGGCGGCGACACUCGAAUCGUCGUCGUUGACCGCCACACCACGUUAUCUGACCUAACUCACCGCCUCUCCAAAAUCCUCCUCCGAUCGUCAUCUUCCUCAUCGAUACCGUCCGCAACGGCGUCGUUUACGCUGAAAUAUCAACUUCCGUCGGAAGAUCUCGAUUCGUUGAUCUCCGUUACGACCGAUGAAGAUCUGGAAAAUAUGAUCGAUGAAUACGAACGGCUGAAUUCGUCCGCUGACGUCAGCAAAACGGCCCGGUUACGGUUGUUUUUGUUUCCGUCGAAACCUGAAUCGGUUUCUUCGAUCGGAUCGUUGCUGGAAAACAGUACGAAAUCGGAGGAUUGGUUUCUCAACGCGUUGAACGGAACGACGUCUGGAUUUUCCGAUACGUCGUCGGUGAAUUGUUUGUUAGGUCUAGACGACGACGUUUCGGUGCCGGAGAAGAAAGAUGUGGAGCAUAAAGGUGUGAUAGGUAAGAAUCCGAAAGGUAAUACUUCUGCUCAGGAUGUUCAUUCGGUACCGGAUUUGGAGCGAACGUCGUCGUUUGGAUCGGCUUCUUCGUCUCCGUCGCUAGCUAGUUUACCGCCGAUUAGAGUGCAUGUUGAUGAUAGUCAGAAGGUUGGAGGAAUUGAGGAGCAAUUUGCUCAGAUGAGUGUGCAGCAACAGCACCAGAAGGUUCAGGAGGUUGGGGAUUAUGUUGCUGUUCCUGCUCCGGUGGUUGUUGUUAGCGGUGUGCCUGCUAGUAAUGCGCCGGCGGCGGCCGAGUAUUUGAACCAGCAGCAGAAGCAAUCUGCUGGUUUUGAUUUGGCUUCCACGGAUUCGGUUUCGAGUGAUGGUAGACAAAAACCGGCUAUGAUUUAUCAGGACCAGUUGUUAAAUAUCCAAUCUUCGAACAACAAUCGUGCUUCUGAUCUGAGUAAUAAUGUUCCUGAUCAGAACGCUAGAAUUCAGAUGCAACAACAACAGAUUCCAGAUUCUGCUUACGUAAUGUCGAUGUCGAAUCCCCAAGCUGAUCCACAACACCCUCAAAUGCACCACCAGCAACCACAGUUCAUUCACACCGCGGUUCCACAACCGCAGUACAUCCACCACCACCCGUCCGGGGCGGUUCCCAUGGCAUCUUACUACCAGAUGUACCCGUCUCAGAACCAACAGGUCCAACACCACCCUCACCAUCAACCCCUUGACCAGCAGAAUUUCGUGUAUUACAUGCCCACGAGGCAGGCUGCUCCCCAUGGCUACAACAUGCAAAUGCAGCACCACGCUACCGGUUACGCGGACAUAACCUCUGCAGCUGCUAACCAGAAUUCACAUACUCAAGCACCGCCUUCUGCGUAUUCCACUGCACGGGCCCCUCAAACUGCUCCUAAAAGUGAGAUACCUGCUGGAGUUUAUGGAACAACGAACACUGCUGGUUCUCAAUUUGUUCAAGUUCCGUCCAGUCAACAUCAGCCUCAACCGCAGUAUGUUGGGUAUUCACAGGUACACCACCCACCUCAAUCUGUUGCUAGUUCUGCUUCUGGUGGUGGGCCCGGGGCUAACUAUGGAUAUGAGUUCGCUGAUCCUUCACAAGGACAGCCUAUAUACUAUGCAGCUCAGCCGUUGCCACCUCAAUCGGCUGCGCAGUAUCAAACAGUGACUGCUGAAUCGGGUUCGUAUCUUCCUCAAGACAAUAGUACAAAGCAGCAACAAGGGAGAACUCAACAACAGCCUUGAGGGGUUAGAUUCUGGUAAGUUUUGCGGCAAAAUUGGUUUUGUUUUUAUUUGUGUUCAUGGUCAUCUACAUUCUACUGUCAUCUUUUUAUUUGUGUUGGUUGCUGGUAUGUGUUUAUGUGAUUAGAUAAUAAGAACAAGUCUAAAACGAUUUUUCUUUUUUCUUUUACGUUGGGUAUUCUUCUGUUGAAUGACUUCUAUCUUCUAUUGUUACUGCUAAGUGGAAAUAAAUUGUGGAUUAUUGUAAUUAUACUUCAAA